AGCCCCCAUUUAAUAAGCAAAGAGAGAGACUAGCAAACAAACAAAAAAAGUCUCAUAUAAAUCUUCAUUUCACCCCUUUCAUUCUCCAGACCUCUCCUCUUCUUCACCAACAUUCAAAGCACUCUCUUUAAUUAACAACCUCUUUCUGAUCUGGUACAUGCAUGAACAACAUAUAAAAAUCUCCUAAAUCUUUAAAACAAUUUAAACUCAUACUAUAUCCAUAUGGCUAGUUCUGUGAAUAACUGGUUAGGGUUUUCUCUCUCACCCCAAGAACAUCAAGAUCAUCACUCCAUCUACAACUCCGACGAAAUCUCCGGCACCACCGACUGCUAUGGCCUCUCUACUGAAUCAUUAAUCCCUUCUCUCAACCUCCCCCCUCCUUUCGGCUACCCUGCUGAAUCAUUCAGCAGAAACAAUCUUCAAGAUUGGAACUCGGAUACGAACUAUAACACAAAUGGUUCGGAGCUCUCUAUACUAAUGGAUUCGAAUAAGCCUAAGUUGGAGAACUUUCUUGGAACAUCCGAGCACACCUUCCUAGACGAUCAUCAGCAUCACAAUAGCAGCAGUGACCAACAUCAAUACUUGUUCCACAACAAUACUAAUUCAUUGCACCAGUCUGCUGACGUGGCCAUGGUCGAGACCACCGCAGGCGGCGGUGAAAUGAAUAGCAAAGGCAACGGCUCGUUCGGGCUUUCGAUGAUUAAGAACUGGUUGAGGAACAACAGUGCUGCAAGCGCUCCUCAGGAGAAUAAUGGUGAAAGGGGACUUCCUAGUUCAUCUCAAACGCUGUCGCUUUCGAUGGGGUCACAGUCGAGUCAUCCGGAGGCAGGGAGUUGUGGAGGUGGGGGAGAGAUUUCAUCGGAAACUAAGGCGAAUGGGGGUGAGGUUACAGCGGUGAAGAAAUCUGUUGAGACCUUUGGACAAAGGACUUCUAUCUACCGUGGUGUAACUAGACAUAGAUGGACAGGAAGGUAUGAGGCUCAUUUGUGGGAUAACAGUUGCAGAAGGGAAGGACAAACGCGUAAAGGACGACAAGUUUAUUUGGGAGGCUAUGAUAAGGAAGAAAAAGCUGCUAGGGCUUAUGAUUUAGCUGCACUCAAGUAUUGGGGCACAACAACCACAACAAAUUUUCCUAUGACUAGCUAUGAGAAGGAGAUUGAAGACAUGAAGAACAUGACCAGACAGGAGUUUGUGGCAUCUAUAAGAAGAAAGAGUAGUGGAUUCUCUCGAGGUGCAUCGAUUUACCGAGGAGUUACCAGGCACCACCAACAUGGAAGGUGGCAAGCAAGAAUCGGAAGAGUUGCUGGCAACAAAGAUCUUUAUUUAGGAACCUUCAGUACUCAGGAGGAGGCAGCAGAAGCUUAUGAUGUUGCAGCAAUCAAAUUCCGCGGCAUAACUGCUGUCACAAACUUCGAAAUAAACAGAUACGAUGUGAAAUCAAUUCUUGAAAGCAACUCCCUUCCUCUGGUUGGUGCAACCAAACGGCUUAAAGAAGCUGAAUUGCACAAUGCUCAGAAAAUCGAAGAGGGUAUCCAGAGCUACAACUUCUCUCAACAAAAUACCUGGCCUAAUAUCGCCUUCCAACAAGCCCAGCCCUUGAGUAUGAACUAUCCUCGUUAUGAUUCUCAUCAAAACAUGUGGUGUAAACAAGAAGUACAAGACUCUGAUCAGGCUCUUGCUCAAAGCUACCGCGAUCUCCAUCAGCAAGGAAGCAAUGUGCACAAUUUUUUCCAGUCAAAUCUGAUGAACUUCGACACUUCUUCAACAGAUCAAAAUUCCAGCUCCAAUAUGUACAAUGGUAACUACAUGAUCCCAACUAAUGCAAUUGAAGGGAAUCAGAAUCAAGGGUACGGGGAAAACAAUGUAAGUACUUGUGACAAUCCAUACGGGGAAAUGAAUUCAAGCUACAACGCAAGAAAUUUAUAUUAUUUGUCGCAACAGUCAAGUGGUACUCCAUUGAAGGUGGCUAAUGUUUGUGAUCAAACCUCAGCUUGCAAUAACUGGAUUCCAACCGCGGUUCCGGCUUUAGCUCCAAGGAAUACAAAUAGCAUGGCAUUGUGUCAUGGAGCAACAAAUUUCACAAUGUGGAAUGAUCAGUAAAAACCUUGGGAGGUGAAUUUAUAUAGGCAACUAAUUGUGGUAGCUAGUUUUGAAUUCUUGUUCUUGUUUGCUUCUGUAGCAUAGCUAUGACAUAGAUAUGUGAGAUGGGAGGUUUUAUGGGAUUCAACUGAAGUCAGGGGGGUAUAUAUCAAUGUAAGAGGAUAUUGCGACAUGCUCUUGCUUGUUAUAAAUUUUGGGAACCGGCUGAUAUCUUCUAGGUGAAAUCGAGUUUCUUUAUCCGA